AUGAUCGUUGAGUACCCAUUGUUGAGCGAGGCUUCAAGUUUCAAGUUUGAUUACAUGAUGUUUUUAACGAAUUCUUUCUGUGCUUUUGCAUUGAAUCUUGCUGUGUUUUUGCUUGUUGGGAAGACUUCUGCGUUGACUAUGAAUGUGGCUGGGGUUGUUAAGGAUUGGUUGUUGAUCGCUUUUUCUUGGCACUUAAGGCUAGGGAAUCGGAGAAGAAGCCUGAUCACACUGAGGCAACAAAGCUGUUGGAGGAGAUUUGAGGAAAUAAUUAAGGUGCAUUUUGAGUUUGAUCAAGAAGCUCUACAAGGAAAUAUGUGCAUUGUAAGGGCGGGCACACUGAUUUUAGCUGACCGAAUGGUAUCAGUACAUUUCUAAUGUCACAUCACAAUACCCAAGUUAGUGACAACUUAGCCAAUAUCACUGUUGGUGUCAAGAUUAACCUCGAAUGUUUCAGAAACGAAGAACCAAACAAUAAAUGUAAUUCUGUUAGUAUAUUGAUAUUGAGCUCACGUGGUUGUUAAUUAGUUGAAGCGCGUGUGAGUUUAUUAGUUUGUUACUGUUAAUUUAGUGAGUUAACAUUUUGUAUAUAU